AUGGCAGCUGACACAGGGAGGUACAGGAGUGCUGUGAGCAAAAACAAAGACCCCUCCGGUCUCCUCAUCUCUGUCAUAAGGACUCUGUCCAGCAGCGAUGAUGUGGAGGACAGGGAGACGGAGAAGGGGCGUCUGGAAGAAGCCUUUGAGACGUGCGACAAGGAUCUGGAUGAGCUGAUCGUUCAGCAUUACGCCGAGCUCACCACGGCCAUCAGGACCUACCAGAGCAUCACAGAGCGCAUCACCGGCUCCCGCAACAAGAUCAAACAGGUGAAGGAGAACCUCCUCUCCUGCAAGAUGCUUCUUCACUGCAAAAGGGACGAGCUGAGGAAGCUGUGGAUCGAAGGCAUCGAGCACAAGCAUGUCCUCCAGCUGCUGGAUGAAAUUGAAAGUAUCAAGCAGGUGCCUCAGCGGCUGGAGACCUACAUGGCGAGCAAACACUACCUUCAUGCCACAGAUAUGCUGGUGACCGCCGUGGAGUCCUUGGAGGGGCCCUUGCUGCAGGUGGAGGGGCUCGGAGAUCUGCGGUUGGAGCUCCACAGCAAGAAGCUCAACAUCCACAUUGUGCUCAUCGAUGAGCUGCACCGACACCUCUACAUCAAGUCCACAAGUCGCCUGGGACUCAGGAACAAGGACAAGAAUGCUGCUCGCCUCCCAGGGUCUGCUGCCAAAGACACAUCCCCGAUGCCCGUGUUGGAUGUCAGCAGUCUGUCCACCCCCCGCAAGCUUUUGGAUUCCUCGCAGUUCAGCACCCCAGGAUCCAGCAGUGUGCGUGAGGACGGGCGAGAGCCGAACCAAGCCGACCUCCCUGAAGUGGAUCCAGAGGAGAACAGUCCUGAGUUCAUGGGCAUCCUCAUCAAGGCUCUGGCCAAGUUGAAGAAAGUCCCAGAGACCAUCAAAGCCAUAAUGGAGCGUCUGGAACCUGAACUGAAACAGAUCGUCAAGAGGUCCACCACUCAGAUAGCUGACCAUGCUUAUCAGAGAGGAGAAACCCUGGCCCAGGAGUGCCAGCCGAGGCUGCUGCUGGAGCUGCUGGAGCUCUUGUUCGAUAAGUUCAAGGCUGUGGCUCAGGCGCACAGCGUGGUGCUGGCCCAGCUGCAGCACAUCGCGGUGCACUGCCCGGGGGGGGCCCAGAAAGAGGGUAUCAAGCUGUACGAGCAGGCGGACGUCUCUGCCAAGAUCCAGACGGUGCUGCAGGGUCUGCUGAUGGAAUACCUUGAUGUGAAGAACAGCCGGAGUGCUACAGAGCCAUCGGCUCACAACUCCUACGCCAGCACGGGCAGUGAGUUUGCUGCCUUUUUUUCCAAGAAGAAGCCGCAGCGUGCCAAGCAGUCUCUUUUCAAGUUUGAAUCGUCUUCCCAUGCCAUCAGCAUGAGUGCCUACUUGAGAGAGCAGAGGCGAGAACUCUACAGCAAGAGUGGAGAAUUACAAGGUGGAGCCGAUGACAACUUGAUCGAAGGGGGAGAGAUGAAGUUUGUGUGCAAGCCAGGAGCGAGGAACAUCACUGUGAUCUUCCAGCCUCUUCUCAGAUUCAUUCAGGAGAUAGAGAUGAACAUGGGGCCAGGCCAGGCCAAGCAGUGCCAGCUCCGAGCUUUCCUCACCUACUACAUCAACGACCUCUUUCUCAACCAGGUGCGGACAGAGAUCAACAAGGACAUCGAGACAGUGAGCAAGACGGCCGACCCCUUGAAGAUCCUUGCCAGCGCCGAUACCAUGAAGGUUCUGGGCGUCCAGAGACCCCUGCUGCAGAGCACAGUGGUGGUUGAGAAGUCCAUCCAGGAUCUAAUGAGCCUAAUGCAGGACCUGAGUGCCUAUUCCAACCAGUUCCUGGAAAUGGUCUGCGACAAGCUGAAGGAGUACAAGGAAAUCUGCAACACAGCCUACAGGGCCGUGGUCCAGUGUGAGGAGAAGCUGACCAUCAGUGCCUCCUGGUCUAAAGACGAGGACAUCAGUCGUCUGCUCCAGUCUCUCCCCAACUGGGCCAAUAUGACCCAACCCAGACAGGCCCGACAGAAGAGAGAGGAUGAAGAGGACUUUACCCGAGUUGCUUUCGCGAAGGAGUCGGAGGUGCUGACCGGUAACCUCGGAGACAAGCUAAUCCCCCAGAAUGAGAUCCUCCGUGACGUCAGUGACCUCAAGGCUCUGGCCAACCUUCACGAGAGCAUGGAGUGGCUGGCCGGUCGUCUCAAGACCUUCUUCGCCAACCUGCCUCAUGCUUCCAGUGUGUCUCCCUGCUCUGGAGACAGUCAGGUGGUUGGUGAGAGUGAACGCAGCCGGGAGCAGAUCCUCCAGACCCUGACUGACUUGUCCAGGGCCUUUCAGGAGAUUUCCGACCGCUGUCUCCUGGUGUUGCACCUGGAGGUCAGGGUGCACUGUUUCCAUUACCUGAUCCCCCUCACCAAGCAAGGGAACUAUGCCAUUGUGGCCAAUGUGGAGAGCAUGGACUAUGACCCCCUGGUGGUCAAACUGAACAAGGAUAUCUCGGCCAUAGAGGAGGCCAUGGGGGCGGCCCUGCAGCAGCACAAGUUCCAGUACAUUUUUGAAGGUCUGGGUCACCUGAUCUCCUGUAUUCUAAUUAACGGGGCCCAGUACUUUAAGAGGAUCAACGAUUCUGGUAUCAAGAAGAUGUGCAGGAACAUCUUUGUUCUCCAGCAGAACCUCACCAACAUCACCAUGUCCAGGGAGGCCGACCUCGACUUUGCCAGGCAGUACUAUGAGAUGCUGUACAACGCCGCGGACGAGCUGCUGAACCUGGUGGUGGACCAGGGCGUCCGCUACACGGAGCUGGAGUACAUCAACGCCCUGUCCCUGCUCCACCGCAGCCAGACGGGCGUCGGGGACCUGAGCACCCAGAACACCCGGCUGCAGCGGCUGAAGGAGAUCAUCUGUGAACAGGCGGCCAUCAAACAGGCCACCAAGGACAAGAAGAUCACCACAGUGUAGUGAGGAGAGCAGGUCGGUGCUCAGAGGGGCGGAGCCUCAGGGGAAUAACUGUACAUUUUUAAUAUAACCUGUGCUUCACAUGUUUUUUUUCUUUUUCCACUACUGAUUUGUUUAUCAGGACCAUGUGUGGGUCAAGUGCACAAGAGUGAGAAAUGAUGGAAAGAGGACAUUUAAGAACUGAGUUGUGUGUGUGUAGACUGAGAUCGUGAUGUGCGUGAAAUCUGUAGCUCUUCGAGACAUGAACUCCAGCAACAACCACACCGACUUAAGCCCUCAUCCCCAAAAUCUCUCCCGACAUCUUCGUUGGUGUCUUCUCCAUGUGUGGUACUCCAGAGAAAGACGUUUGCGCCCUCACAUUUGUCCACUUCAGAGAACGUAAGAAGAAUAUUCAGGGUUCAUGUCUCAAAGCAGCUUUAAUGUGAUGAGACACAUCGUAGUCGGGGGGGCUGACACAUACACUUUUCCCCGAACUCUGCAGAUUAUAAUAUAUACUAUAUAUGCAGCAGUGUCUCCCUGUAAUUGGGAAGUGAGCUGACAACCAACUACAGACUUUCCAAGUCCAGCUCCUUGUAGAUCUAUAUCAUGAGGUAACCUAUAUCGUCACGGCUCCUAACAGUCCACCCCCCC